CGCGCGCCUCAGAGAAGUGAACGUUUUCAGGUGGACCAAGCGCCAGUACGCUAAGCUCGUUUCGUCGACGCAACUCUACCUUAUGUGCCUCACCGGACGUCACCUUGUACAGUAAACCACCUUGUGUCAGCGACAGCACUUCGAAGGCGCGCUUCCUUGCCAUCGCGGACGAGGUGGAUCCUGAAUAAACGAUCUGCGGCCGGGCAGACAGCGUGUGAGCCCGAACGAGCGAGGCUCGCCUUGCUGAGUCAGACGAUCUGAUGGAUGACUGGCAUUGAUGUAUGUAGGCGACUGUGAGGCUGAAGAAUGGGCUCCGCCCUUCCGUUUCAGUCUCACAGGUAGGUAUCAUACGUGGGGUCGGACUCAAAAGCGUGGAGUCCCCGCAGAUCCAUUCUCUUCUCCACCUUAACCUGCAUACACCUUCGUCACUAUCCGCCAACAUGGCUAUCACAUUGAAAGACGCGACCCUUCCACAGGAUUUCCACCGAAUGGGGGAGCUCAUAGUGGAUGCAUGGCAAGACUAUAGCUUCUGGACAGCGAUUCAACACGAGGCGACUCGUGAAGAUGCGGUGGCAUGGAUGCGCGACCGUUUUGCCGGCCUGUUCUCCAAACCGUACCACCAUUUCUAUGUCCUUGUGGACGAACAGAACGGCAAGACUGUCGCCUUCACCGGGCUGCAGGUUCCCGCACACAUCAGCGAGCAAGACAAGGCGGAACCCAUGCAAAUCCCUGAGAUCCCAAAGGGCAUGAGGGCAGAGUUGGUACCGACGUUCUUCGACGUCCUGGGAGCCGGGACCCGGCAUGGUUACGACCCGGAAAAGGACUUUCACCGUCGAGGGACCUUUGUCGACCUGGAUUACCAGAAGAAGGGGCUUGGCACGCGAUUGACGAGAUACUGCAACGACAUUGCUGACCGUGCGGGAGCGCGAACCGUCGUUCCCGCGACGAAGAAUUCGAUUCAGAUGUUCAAGUCGAACGAGUUUGUGGUCAAAGAGGAGUUCCAUGUCGACUUGGAGCCUUACACGGGCCGAAAAGGGCUGGAGGAUUUUUGGCUGCUGAUUCGCGAGCCGCACCCGCCAAGUUCGUCAAAGUAGUGGGAGCGGUGGUGCUGGCGGUAUUAUGCAGUUCGGUCGCAAGAUUGGCUGCGGUAAGAGGCAUGAUGGCCGCCAUUUCUCAUCUUUGUUGAGGGCACAUAAGUUUGCAAUAAACAGAAGGUAUCAACGAAGAGUGAAAAUCACGAGGAUGAAG